AUGGUUAGUUCAUUCAAUUUUUUUGCUGCUUCUCCUCAUGUAGAUCAAAAAAAAGAAGUGUCAACCGGUUUUUUCUAGGCUUAGCCCCUGAGGCGCAAGGCUUAAUUGCUUAUUCGGUCAUCGAUGACCGAAUAACCGGUAUAGUAUUGUAACCUAGAAAAAGGACAGAGAGAGAGAGAGAGUGAGAGAGAGAGACGCAGAGAAAGAGAGGAUGAAUUGGAAUUAGGGUCAGAAAAUUAUAGAAGCUGGUUUUUUGUCGCGCAAGGGGUGUUGGAUCAUUUUUGAAUGGGGUUUUUUUUGAACUACAGUACUUCUACAGUACCCAAUUGAAUAAAAAAAGUCGAAUCUAGAACUGCAAAAUCUAACUUAUUGUGAGCUACAGUAAUCCACACUAGAGAAAGGUUACAGUACCUAAACUAUAAUUUUUGGUCACGAUCUACAGUAAUUCUGAACCUAGAAAGUUCAUCUCAAGAAAUUUUACAGUAACCCGGACUGCAAGAGAAUUAGUUCAUUGUCUACAGUAGCCCGAACUGCAAAAUCUAGGUUCAAAAAUAGAGAUAGCUUAUUGUGAGCUACAGUAAUCCGAACUGCAAAAAUAUACAGCAAUCCCAAUUUUUUUUUUCAAAGAACUACAGAUUUUUGAAAUCUAGUUUAGACUACAGUAACCCGAAUUGCAAAACCUUGGUUCAAAAAUAGAUAGCUACAGUACUCCCAUGUUCUUCUCAGCUACAGUACCCAGACUGAAAAUUUUCCAAAAAAAAAUACAGUAACCUUCAAACCUUCAAAAUUUAGUUGAAGCUACAGUAACCCAAACUGCAACAACUUGUUCUUCUCUACAGUUCCUCAAAUUUCAAAAAAAAAUCUAUAAAACCUACAGUAAUCCGAACUGUAAAUCUACAGUACUCCACAAUAUUUCUGCAAAUUCUAAUUCAGAGAAAAAAUUCCCAAAAUAAAAAUCCUGAAACUCUAUUUUUUUUCCAAUUUCCUGCUUUUCUCCCACAAUUUUUAUUCACUUUCAAAAAAAAAAAAAAUUUUCAAAAAAUAAAAUAAAAGGUCAGCUAAAAAAAGAGGUCACGUUUUUAUUUUCCCGACCAAACUAAAUAUGAAACGUGUAGGUCACUCACUCGCAAACUAGAGUCUAGUUUGACACGACAACGUCAGAAAACAAUUUUUAAAAAUCCACGCUGGCGAGAUCGCCCAUUUUUCUCUGAAAACCAACUUCAAAUCUGGCGGCGCACUUUUUGUGAGGUGAGAGUACUGUAGAUGAUCUGGCUACUGUAGGUAUAUGUUUUAGGGUACUGUAGUUUGCGCGAAGAUUAUUUGGAGACGAAGAAAAUGGGCUUCGACUUCAGGAGAGCAAGUUCUUGGGUACUGUAGUAGUUUUGAGGAGAUGGGUUACUGUACAUAGGGCUACUGUAGCUUGAGAAAGGGCUUUGAGAAUUUAAUUGGGGUUUAAGACAAAAAAGUGAGGAUUACUGUAAUUUCGUACUGUAGUCAUUAGAUGCAGGUAUACUGUAUUUUGAUGGUAAGAGAUUACUGUCUGAUUUUAAAGGUUACUGUAGAUGGUUUACUGUAGAAAUUAUUUAUUACUGUAGUCUAAUAGAAAGAGAAGGUUACUGUAAUCUUCAAAAAAGUUAUAUUCAGAUCUUUUGUAAAAUUUCUGUAGAAUUUUAUCUGACCAAGAUUUGCGUUGAAAACUUUCCUUAUAUACUGUAGUUCCUCUAACUUCUCCCCCAAUCAAUAAUGUUUUCAGACUCUUGGCGAUCCGCCACCGCUUCUGCAAACCUCCACAAUAUCUUCCUCCUCAACAUCUUCAUCAUCUGAAUCACUACCAGAUUCUUUAUUGAUAAGAUCCACUGAUUCGCCCACAGCAUUUCAACCUCCACCACCAACAACAACAUCAACAAUGUCCACCAAUCCACCUGGCACACCAAAUAUGACGAAUUUUGGCGGUGCACAAGGUGGUCCUCCUCAACCACAAGGUCCACCGAUUUUUAAUCCCGCGCUGAUGGCUGCACAAUUGAAUGUUUAUCAGAAUCCGGCGCAAUUGAUUGCGAUGAUGCAGGUGAGUGAAAAAAAAAAGAAAAAGUUCGCAGUGGGAUUCGAACUUGGCAAAAUGGCGCGUGCAUAUUCCACGCGCGCGCCUUAGACCACUCGGCCACGCGUGCUCUUUUUUCCACAGCUUAUUUUUCGCAAAGGAUUUCGGUCCUCCCGCUUGCGAAUUUAUUUUUUUUUGAAAUUUGGUGGGAAAACUUUGGAUUUAAAUAAAUUUUGGGACAUUUUCUGGUGUUGACAAAUAUUUUUUUGGGAAUUUGAUAUUUUUGUAAACAUUUUGUGAACUUUUGAAACUCUGCUGAUCAUUUUUUGUUUCGCAAAAUCUUCACCUCCAAAUUCCUCACCCAGUUGGAAGCCAACAGCAGUUUAUCAAAAAUUGCAUCCCAAACUUUUUUUCAUUUUCUUCUGCCAUAUACCUUUUCCGUUUUCGCAGAAGGUCAUUCUCGAAUCAAAAAAAUCAAAAAAUAUUAUUUUAUUUACGCAUCAUGACCUUCACAGUUCAUUUUUUGGCGCCAAAAAAAGUUCCGAUUUAUUCCAGGCUGCCGCUGCUGCGAGAUCAAAUCAAAUGCUAUCUGCACCAAGUCCAGUUGGCCUCGGGCCGGGUCAGGCUCAAUUGAUGCCCAAUAUUUUGCAGCAAUUGAAUGCGAUUCGACAUGCUCAGGUUAGUUUUGGGGGGGCCUGAACGGGCCUGGAGGAUUUUUGAGGGGCCUAAAUUUUUGACAAGUCUGACUACAAAUUGAUAAGCCUGAAUCAGACCUACAUUUUUAGACAAGCCUAAAAUGAGCAUGAAUUGAGCCUGGAGUUUUGAGAAAUCCUAAAAUAGACUUGAACUGGACCUAAGAAGCCUAAGCUCAGCCUGAAACUGAGCCUAAACAAGCCUAAAGCUAGGCCCAACAAGCAUAAGCCCAGCCUAAAACUAGGCCUAACAAGCCUAAGCCCUACCCAAAAUUUUCCCCGAUUUCACUUAACUCUCCAAAGGUCAAUCCACUUUUCCCCAAAUGUUUCCAUUUCCAAAUCACAGUCUAUCUCUAGACCCUCUCAUUUUCCCACACUCUCUUCAAUCUCGCGCCCUCCGCUCUCUGCGUCUCUCACUACCGCUCUUAUCUCUCGCAUUGCCUAUUUGACCUUUGGCAGAAUGCCAGAGAGGCACAGCAAUUUUUUUUUGGAAUUUUAUCAGUUUUGAUUUUUGAGAGGUUGAAACAUGAGAGGCUUUUUCGAUUUUUUUUUAUUUUUUUGAAAUAUUUUGAAAUUUGGAGUUAAAAAUUUUAAAUUUUCAAAUUUCGCGCCACAAGUUUUGAAUCCAGAAUGUUUGCCAGUCUAAGCCUAACCUAAGCCCAGCCUAAGCCUAACCUAAGCCCAGCCUAAGCCUAACCUAAGCCUAACCUAAGCCUAGCCUAAGCCUAGCUCAAGUCUAGCCUAAAACUAGCCUAAGCCUAAGCCUAAAGCCCAGCCUAACAUGAGCAAUGACAUUUUGAAUCCAGAAUUUUCUUGAAUAAAAAAAGCCUAGAUAUAUUUUGCCUAGCCUAAGUCAAACCUAAACCUAGCCUAAGUCAAACCUAAGCCCAGCCUAACAUGAGCAAUAAUAUUCCAUUGAUUUUCAAAAUCGCCUAACUCUAAGCCUAACUAACUUGUUAUCAAAACAAAACUCACAAUUCCCUCUUCGAGCUUGAUUAUUAUCACCCAAAAUAUCCGUCGUCGAUCUCUGCGUCUCUUCUCCUCACACACUCUCUCGCCACCUGUUAGCUAGCUUCUCGUUUUCAUAUCUCGAGGAGAUAUUGAAUAUACAUAUAUUUUUUUUAUUUGAAAAAAGGCAGUCGGGGCGGGGGGUUGCCCCGGGUGACAUGGAAACGACCUCUCCUCGCUUUCGCCUAGCCCUCCUCUCGAGUCACUUUUGCCUUCCUUCUCGUUUGUGUUAUUUUUGGCCUACUAGAGCCCCUACUAAAAAUAAAAAAAUUUUGAGUCAAGUCAAAAAUGGACACCGAUAUUUUGUUGUAUGCUCAUUUACUCAAAGGAUUCACGGUGGAUGAGGUGGGUUUAGAUUAGAAAAUAAAAAAAUAUUGCUCAUGUUAGGUGGGGAUGGGUUUAGGCUGGGGUGGGUUGAGUUUAGGCUAGGGCUUGGCUUCAGCUGGGUUUAGGCUGGGAUUAGGCUUAGCUGAGGCUAGGCCUAGACUGGGAUUAGGCUGAGCUCAGGCUUAGGCUAGACUGACCUCACAAAGGCUGAGGCUGGGGUGGGUUCAGUUUAGGCUAGGCCUAGACUGGGUCAGGCUAAUGCUAAGCUGGGCUAAGGCUGGGCCUAUGCUGAGCUUAGGCUAGGCUGAGGCUGAGGCUAGACUGAGGCUGAGGCUAGCUGGUUCUAGGCUGGGCUUAGGCUAGGCUUAGGCUAGACCUAGGCUUGUUCUAGGCUGGGCUUAGGCUAGGCUUAGGUUAGGCUUAUGCAGAGCUCAGGUUUGGUUGAGGCUGGGUUUGGUUUAGGCUGGGGUUAGGUUGAUCUUCCGCUCUGAAAAUUUGAUCUUGGUGUUUGAGGCCUGAUUUUAGGCUUGACUGAAAAUCUAGAUUGUUCAAAAUACAGACUAGACUGAUUGAAAAUUGUGCCAUUUUUCAGGCUUGUCUUUAGGCUCUAGGCUUGAAAAAUUCAUAUCAAGCUUGAUCUUCAAAAGAUCGGCCCGAGAUUCAAUUUCAGACUUGACUUAAAUUCAGGCCUAUCAGAAUUUGAGGCUGAAUCUUUAGAGUAAUUGUGAGUUCAGUGAUUUUCAGCCUUGUCUUAUUUUUAGCCCUUCUUCUCCCCCACAGAUUCAAAUUUUCCUGAGAUCAUCAAUAUUUUUUUGAACUCUCAUCCUAUGAGAUUUGAAAAACAUCAUCAUUUCAAAUUUGUUUUUACCAACCAUUCUAGGCUCGUGAAAAUUGAAGGCCCAAAAAUCAUAUAUAAUUUUUGUAGAUCAUAAAAAUAGGCUCUGCUAAAUUUAGGGCUUCUCAGUUUUUAGGCUCAAACUCUGAGGCGUCUUGAGAAAAUCUGGCUAGAUGUUUUCAGGCCUGUCAAAAUUCAGGUUCCAUAAACCUUAUCAGACAAAAAAUUCCAAAAUUUCUCAAGUUUCAGUCGCUUUCGCUUAUCAAAUGCACUUUUCCUUUUUUCUGUUUUUGACCUCUUUCCUUUUUUUUUUUUCAAAAAUUUAUAAUCAAAACAGUCAUUCAUUGUGUGCCCGCACCUAUUUUUUUCAUCAUUUUCAUCUCUCUCCAAUUUCUUCCUUCCCUUCCCAAUUUCUCCUUGAAUGGCCUUUGACCGUGACCUUCUCGUGUCUGUCAACUCUCUCUCGAUUCCACACACUCUCUCGCCACCCUGAUUUUGUCUCUCUCCUCUCCCUCCGGCCGAAACCGACCGACACAUACCAAAAAUUCAGACUGUCAAUGUCAUCUCGAUUUUUUCCUGAUGUUUUUUUUUGGGUUUCUGUAGAUUAUUAUAGGUGUUCUUAAGAAAUUCUGAUCUAGCUGGAUUUUUAUAUAGAACUUCUAUAGAUCUUCAGAAGAUUUUCAAGGUUCUUGAAAUCUUCUGAAUUUUGAAGAUCAAGGAAAUCAAGCUUGCUUGUGGAUAGUUUUCAUGAUUUUUCUGAUUUCAAAGAUCUGAAAAAGGUUUUUCAUGAAAUUUGAGGCAAGAUAUAUUUUUGAGAUAGUCUAAGAAAACAUUUACCCUCUCCUUCUCCCUGUUUCAAAGGUCAAAAGGUCAUUCAUAUCUGUGAAGCAGCUGAACUUGUAAUUUGUUUAUAUUUUUUUUCAAAUUGAUGAGCGAUGAACUUUUGACCUAGACCUAACUUUAAUGAUUGUUUGUUUGUUUAAUUAUUCAUUUGGGUUGUGUAUAGUAUAUUUAGUUAGCCUAUUUUUUCUGGAUAAAUUUUUGAGGUGAACUUGAAUUCAUUUUAAAGUUCAAGUUCUAGAAUUCAAGCUGUAGUCGAACUUUUUUUCUGUGAAAAAUUUUUCUAGGGAACUUUGAAUAUUGAGUCAAAUAUGAGCAAUUUAGAAAUGUGCAGCUUGAAAUUUUGAUACUAACUAUUUUUCUGUAAAAAAAAUUUCUAGAUCAAUUUUUCAUGUAGGUUCUGAAUUUUUAGAUAAAUAUGAGCAAUCUGAGAAUCUUCAGCUUGAAAUUUCGAUCUGAAGCUCUAAAAUUCAAGCUCUGGACUUUGGUCAAACUUUUUCAAUUUGAAAAUUUUUCCAGACCAAUUUUCCAAGAUGAAUCUUAAUUUGGAGUCAAAAAUAGUCUAUCUAAAAAUUCUCAGCUCGAAAUUUUGAUCUGAAAAGUUGAAGCUCUAAAAUUCAAGCUCUAGACUCUUGUCGAACUUUUUUUCUGUGAAAAAUUUUUUCUAGGUGAGUUUGAAUAUUGAGUCAAAUAUGAGCAAUCUAGAAAUCUUCAGCUCGAAAUUUUGCUCAAGAAGGCUCUGGGCUUUGGUCAAACCAUUUUUCUGUUAAAAUUUUUCUAGAUCAAUUUUUCAAGGUGAAUCUGAAUUUUGAGUCAAAUAUGAGCAAUCUAAAAAUUUUCAGCUUGAAAUUUUGAUCUAGAGAAGUUUUUUCAUAACUUUUGUUCCUAGCCUUUCAAAGCUCUCAUAAAUUUUCUAUGGAUGAUUUUGGUACCCCAGAAUCAGAAGGGUCACUUUUUGCUCCAAAAUUUUUCUGGAUCAAUUUUUCAAGGUGAAUCUGAAUUUUAGGUCAAAAAUGAGCAAUCUGAAAAUCCUAAGCUGAAAAUUUUGAUCUAGAAUAAUAUAUGCUAAUCAUUUUUGAUUCUGACUUUUCCCUCUCUUCUCUGAAAACUUCUCCCAACUCUCCCCUUUAAAAGGUCAUUUUCAUAUAAAUAAUAUGCAUGAUUGAAAUUGAAUAAAAUUAGUUUGGAAAAAAUUAAAAAUUCUCCUCCAUCUCUCUUUUCUCAUCAUCAAAAAUUUGUGCGAGAAAAAAAAUUUCACGGAGCUCUCGCAAAAAUCUCAUAUUCCUUCUUUUUAUGGUAAUUAGUUGGGAUAUAUAUGUCAGAUACAUACUUUUUCCUAUUUUUCAUUUUUUAUUUUUCUAUGGGGAAAAAUAUAAAUUGGAUUUUCAGGAUUUUUGAGAGAUAUUCAUAGAUUCCAAGAAAAAUUUUGAAAUUUUCAAAAAAAAAAAUCAAAUUUUUGCAGCUGACGAAUGCGAAUCAGAUGAAUGUGUUUCAAAAUCGUUUGGCGACUCCGAAAAUGAAUGGUGAGUUUUUUUUUCGGGCGCGGGUUUGAAAAUUUUGAAUUUGAAUUUGGGGAUCACUGCAGCUGGGAAGUUUAAAAACGGUUGAUUAACGGUUGAUAAAAACUGCUUUUUAUCAACGGAGUACCCACCGUUAAUGAACCGCGGAUUAACCAAUUUUUAAAUUUUGAAAAUUACCCAAAUCGAUGAAAAUAGGUUCCCGGCUACUUUUUUGGGUGUUAAGUGUUUUCAAAAAUUUUGAAAAUUUUCAUGAUUUAAUCCACGGUUAAUCAACGGGGAUCAACCGUGGAUUAAAUAUUGGUACUUCGUUGAUUAAAUUUCAUUAAAGUUGGUUUAUAAACCGUUAAUCAACCGUUCUUAAACCUCCCAGCUGCUGUGGAUGGAGCUUGGAGCUCAGAGCCACGUCGAACAAUUUUAGGAUUUUUUGGAUCAAAAUUGUGAACUUCAGAAUUUCAGUCUGAAUUUGGGAUGAAGCUUAGAGCUCAAAGCUUAAAAGCCACGUGGCAUAAUUUUAAAAUAUUAGGAUUUUUUGGUUAAAAAUUUGAGGCUCUGAAAAUCCACGUGGCAUUAAUUUUCAUCUGAAAUUUCAAUCUUUAAUAAUUUGGCCAAUGUUUCAGCGGGUGAAGCUCUGAAACUCCACGUGGCAAAAUUUUGAUCCAAAAAUUAAAAAUUUCCAACUUCAGUUCCCAUCUGGAAAAAUGAAUUUCCUGAAUGUUUGGUACCAAAAAUCCACGUGGCAAAUUUUCAUCUGAAAUUUCAAUUUUAAAAAAAUUGAUUGAUGUUUCAGCGCUUAAAGUUCUGAAAAUCCACGUGGCAAAAUUUCAGUUCAAAAAUUUGAAGUUGUCAUCUGAAAAAUUAAUUUUCUGAAUUUUUGGCUCUGAAAAUUCACGUGGCAUUAAUUCCAACCAGAACAAAUUUUCAAAAUUUUGAUUUCGACUGUGAUUUCAAAGCUCACAAUCGGGAAAAUUUUUUCUGAAAAAUUUUAACACCAAAAAAAUCCAUCUAACCUUCCCAAUUUUUUCGCAGAACGCGGUGAAAACUGCGCAGAACUGUGCGUUGUCUGCGGCGACAAAGCGUCAGGCCGCCACUACGGCGCAGUCUCCUGCGAAGGUUGCAAAGGCUUCUUCAAACGAUCGAUUCGCAAACAAAUCGGAUAUAUUUGUCGAAGUUCGAAAGAUUGUCCCGUCACCAAAUUCCAUCGAAAUCGUUGUCAAUAUUGUAGGCUCAGGAAGUGUUUGGCGAUGGGAAUGAGAAGUGAAUGUUAGCAAUUUUGCAAGAUUUUUUUUGACUAGGCUUGGGGCUCUCAUGGGCUCCCAGGCCUGGUUGAAAAUCCAGAAUUUUGAAAUCAUAACUCAAUUUUUGCAGCUGUUCAAGCCGAGCGAAGACCAGUCAAUUCAAUGAAUUCGGAUAGUCCGCCUAAUAUGAGCAAUAGCACGCCAAGAGCAUUGACAGUGAGUUUGAGGGGAGGUUAGAGACGCAGGGAAGGGUAGAGUCAGAAAGCUAGAGUCGAUCUGAAAGAAUCAGACAGGCAGAAAAGGUAGAGAUGUAGAGCUUCAAACUUUAAAAAAUCUCUCUAGAAAACUUAUGGCAGAGUCAGACAGCUAGGGUUAUACAGAAAGAAUUAGACACGCAGAGAAGGUGUAGAAGAUCUAGGUUAGAAGCAGUUAGCCAGAGUCCAAGAGUUAGAGACGCAGAGAAAUUGAGAUUGGGGUAGAGUCAGACAGCUAGAGAAAGAGAGUGUUUUAGGAAUACAUGCACAGUUGAGGUCAGAGUCAGAUAGCGAGACUAUUUUGGACAAAUUAGAGACGCAGAGAAAUGAGAUUGGGAGUAGAGUCAGACAGCUCGAAUUAAUAUAGAGAGUUGGAGACAUAGUGUUUUAGGAACAGAGCUGAGGUUAGAAUCAGACAGCCAGACUAUUUCUGAGCUAGUUAGAGACCCAGGAGGGAAGAUGGACUGUUAGAGACGCAGAGUAACUCAGUGUCUAGUUUUUUUCCGGGGCAGAGUCAGACAGCUAGUGUAUUACUGAAAAAAAAUCAAAGACGCAGAGAAAGUGAGGUAUCGAAAUCUAGAAGAUCUAGGUCAGAUCCAGGUAGCCAGAGUCUAAAAAUUAGAAACGCAGAGGAAUUUGACGUUAGAGUCAGAUGACUAGAGUAUGCUAGUUAGGUACUCUAGGUUCUUAAAAAUACAAAAAUUCAGAAAUUCAAAUUAUUUUUCCGCGUGAACUUUCCCACGUGAAAAUUUUUCAUUUUUCAUUUCCUAUUUUUGCAGCCUCUCAACACGUCUUCCGUCGUCAACAAUCUGUUAUCCCUCGUCAAACUCGAACCACCAACAACAUCAUCGCAAGAAAUCUACGAGCCAUCAUGCAAGAUCAAACGCGAAUCAAUCGGCGAAGAUGAAUCCGGACUGGACACAAUGACAGUAAUCGGGCUGGCCCCUUCCGCAUCGCCAACAUCUUCCGGAAUCGGAUCCUCUUCCUCGCUUUCCGAUGAACCGAUUUUCAACGCCGAACGAAGUCGCUUUGAAAUCCCAAUCCCAUCUCAACCGCCAGCCAAUUUCAAUAAUCAAUUUAUCUCCGAAACCGCUUCUCGAUUAUUAUUUUUAUCAGUUCAUUGGAUCAAAGAUGUGCGAGUUUCGAUAAGUCGAACAACUUUAGAAAAUGUGCUGAAAGUGAAAUGGUGUGAUCUAUUUGUGUUGGGAUUAAUGCAAACCGCGGAAACUGUUCAAUUGAUAACAAUGCUCGAAAAUAUGUCGAAUCAUUUGGCAGUUGCUGUUGAAUUAGGGCAUUUGAAUUCGGAAAAGUUUGAAAAAGUCAACGAUCAAUUGGUGCGACUCAUCCAACUAUCAAGAAUAUUUUCCACUUCCGAUUUGUCGCCAAUCGAGUUCGCUUAUCUCAAACUCCUCAGUUUUACAAAUGAUGAUCAUCCUUCGGCGCCAAGAUCGAUUGAAACAAGGAAUGUGAAUUCGACUGCGUCACAAGAACUUUUCGAAUAUGUUUCUUCCUCGUCUUCUAGUAAAAAUAAUGGAGUUGCUGGAAGUCGAGACGGUGAACAGAUUAAUGUGGAUGAUUCGACGUCGGAGGAUAAUGAGACACAUGUCACUUCACAUCCACCAACACAUACAAAUGCGGCGGCUGUUGAGAGGUUGGUGGGAGAGCUCUAAUCUGAGCAAUCCUUGAAUUUGGGAAGCUAGAAGAGUUUUUGACCUCUAUAACCUGAGCAUUCCUUGAUUUUGUUACUCGGGGAUAAUAUGAGCAAUUGAAUUUAUUCUGAGCAACGCUUAGAAUUCUUAGUUUUUAUAUAACUUUUUACUUUCAGAAAAUGUUUAGUAUGAGCAAUGUUUGAAUUUCGCGUUAAUAUGAGCAACAAUUAGAAUUUUUUGGGUUUAUAAUUUUUCACUAAUAUGAGCAAUUUUCAUGAUUUUUCAAAAAAAUUUUUAGUAUGAGCAAUGUUCAAAAUUUUGUGUUAAUAUGAGCAAUGCUGAAUUUUUUGUAUUUAUUAAUUCUCACUAAUAUGAGCAAUUUUCGUAAUUUUUCAGAACAUUUUUAGUAUGAGCAAUGCGCGAUUUUUUUUCUGUGUUUUCAGCUUUAACAAAAUUGAAAAAUCAAUCAAAUUUAAGUAUUGCUCAUAUUAAACAAAAAUAUACGGUAAGACGUUGUCUGAUUCAUUUCAACAAAAAUUAAAAAUUGCUCAUACUAAGAAAAUUCUGGAAAAACACAGCAUUGCUCAUAUUAUACUAUGAAUAUUGCUCGAAUUAACUGAACUAUAGCAUUGCUCAGAUUAUACAAAAGUAUUACUCAUCUUAUUUAAAUGAAUGUAGCAUUGCUCAGAUUAUCUUCGAAGUUCAGAGAUCCUGAGAAAUUAUUUUUCUAGCAUUGCUCAGAUUAUAGAUUCCAGAAACAACCAUAAAAUAAUGAAAAUCAUAAAAUGUUUAGUAUGAGCAAUGUUUGAAUUUUUACACGAUAAGUAUUGCUUUUUAUUAUCUGAAUUAUAGCAUUGCUCAGGCUAUCUUUGAAAUUUAAAGAUUCGAAUUCAAAAUAGGGUUUUCUGAGUUCUAUAAUCCAACUAAAAAAUAAACAUUGCUCAGAUUAUAGAUUCCAAAAACUUCCCCCGAUUCUCAAGUACAGGUAUUAUUUGCAGAUAUUCUCGCUUGCUCCAACUUCUUCCAACUCUCCGCUGGUUCGACACCUCAAUAAUCGUCGAGCUAUUCUUCUCGGGUCUAAUCGGUCAAAUGUCGAUCGAAACUGUUAUUCCAUUCGUUCUCCAAAUGAACGUCAUGACGUUUUUUGACACACCGUGUAAUAAUUCCGAUGAUUAA